AUGUCUGACGCCGGCCGCAAGGAUUUCUCCGACAAGCUCAAGGAGGGUGUCACUCCCGACUCCACCAAGUCCACCCAGCAGAAGGUGAAGGAGACCUUCACCGACACCGGCGACAAGAUUGCCCGUGGCGUCCAGCCCGACGACCAGAAGUCCGCCGGCCAGGAAUUCACCGACAAGGUGGGCCGCUCCAAGGACCGCGAGGUCCACGGCUCCGCUGGUGGCUCCAUCCUCGACAAGACGAAGGAUGCCCUCGGCUUGGGCGACAAGCACUAG